GUCUUCGAGAGGUCUCAGUGUCUGGCCUUCUGUCGGGAGCUCAAGGAUUUGAGGGAGCAGGGAAAGCCGGUGGUGGUGAACAAGAAGCUCAGCGUUCUCCCCAACGCCUGGUGGGGCAUCAAGGGGGGCUACGAGGUGGAGCUCGUGCUCGUUUACUUGGAUCAAUGCCGAGACUUUGAGGCGCAGUUGCCGACGGAGACGCGGGAGCAGAUUGCCAAGGGGGACCAGGGAGCAUUUGCCAACUUCCCCAUCUAUCCGGUCACACGUCAGAACGAGGACGACAUGAUCGGCCUGACUCCGCAACAGGCCCACCUUCUUGCAGCCCAGGCCGAGUACAGCGUCAGGGAAAACGAAGCCUUGCUGAGAAAGCUCCUGAGCUAG